AUACCACCACACAGCCAUAGCGAGAGUUUGGGUCGUGGCUGGUUACUAACUGUAGCAGGCUGACUGGCUGAGCCAGAGGGUGUUUAGUCGGUGUGGAAACAGAAAUUCAGAAGUGAAAGGCAGAAUGGGAAGACAGACAAUGGGGUAAAACAAGGGUAAACACUGGCAGUGGUUUUACAAGAUGGAGGAAUCUGAUGAAAUGUUUGGGAUUCAAUCGAUACGAAGAACUUGGGGAGUUUCUUCUCGACAGAAGCGGUUGGAGGACGCGUUUUAGUGCCCAUUUAGGGACAUUUGAGACGCUCGCAGCAUUAUUGGGCGUCAUAGCGUUUCGGCUCAGCUCAGCUCAGCUCCUGCACACACGACGCCUGUGAUGCUGCACGCGCACAUGAUGCCUAACAAUGCUGUCUAGGUAGGCAGGUCGCUAGGUUUUGAGAAACAGCCGGAGUCACGACUCCAAACUGGUGGGAGAUGAGGACACAAUGAAUUCAUCUUUGGAUUGAAAAUUUCAACUUCGGUGGAAAGGUCAUCAGUUGCUCCUCCGUGUGCACCUGUCACCUCCCCACCACAGAGCUACUCCAGUCCCAGCCCCUACCGGUGGUGCGGCACGCCUCACCUUCACACCGCCCUUGUCCUUGUGUCCCUUCUUUGUUUCGCAACUCAAUUCACCAUCUGUUACUAAGAAAAGGCAACAUCAUCAUGCCAGAUCAUACCAUCCCCUUCUCAUACCUCACCUGAGGACGAUCAGCGUGGUUCCCCGGCUCGUUGCGAGCGCUCUGACCAGCGAGAUGGGAGACUGGGUGUGUCUGAGCCCAGCCGAAUUCUCCCAGCUGCAGCAGUACAGUGAGUAUUCCUCCAAGAAGCUUAAAGAUGUCCUGGAAGAGUUUCAUGGAAAUGGUGUCCUCUCCAAGUACAACCCUGAACAGCCCAUCGACUAUGAGGGCUUCCAGCUAUUCAUGACGACCUAUCUGGAGAAUGACAUCCCUGAGGAACUUUGCAAACACCUCUUCACUUCCUUCAAGAGCAAGAAUGGUGGAGGCAGCUCCCCUGACACCUCUCGAUCUGGAGCAGGCAUGCUGGGUAUGAAUGGGAAGAGUAUUUUGAGUGCUAUGAGCCGACAUUCACCAGAGAACUCUGCAGGGAUCACUCCAGGCUCAGGGGCCACCACAUCACCCUGCUCCUCCCGCUCCUCCUCACAACGCUCAGGCACAGGGGGCCACACACCCAGAGGCCCCCACCGCUCACCCUGCACGCUGCCCAAUCCCCCAGUGAGCAGCAGCAGCAGCAGCAAUGCUUUGGCUCUCUCCAAGUCUACCAACUCCCCGCGCCUCUCCCCAGAGCGUAAUCAAUCAGAAAAUCGUACAUCUCUCCGGAGGAGUCCUUCUCCACAAAAAGGAUCUCCAUCACCUCAAGUGGUCUUCCUUAAAGACAUUGUGUGCUACUUGUCCCUGCUGGAGAGGGGGACGCCAGAGGAUAAGCUUGAGUUCAUGUUCAGGCUGUACGACACAGAUGGCAAUGGUCUGCUGGACAGUUCGGAGCUCGACCGCAUCAUAAACCAGAUGGUCCAUGUAGCGGAGUAUCUAGAAUGGGACUCUACAGAACUACGACCAAUUCUGAAGGAGAUGAUGGAGGAGAUUGAUUAUGACCGGGAUGGAACGGUCACAUUAGAGGAGUGGAUCAGAGGAGGAUUGACCACCAUACCACUCCUGGUCCUGCUGGGAAUGGAGACGAAUGUACAGGAAGAUGGGCAGCAUGUAUGGAGACUGAAGCAUUUUAACAAGCCAGCAUACUGUAAUUACUGCCACACUAUGUUGUUAGGAGUAAGAAAACAGGGCCUUUGCUGCUCACUAUGCAAGUACACAGUCCAUGAGCGCUGUGUGUCCAAAGACAUUGCUCCUUGCAUUAGCACCUACGCCAAGUCCCGCAGACACACCAAUGCUAUGCAGCAUGUUUGGAUGGAGGGCAACUCCCCAACAAAAUGUGACAAAUGUCACCGCAGUAUCAAGUGCUAUCAAGGUCUAACAGGCCUUCACUGUGUUUGGUGUCAAAUCACUCUCCAUAACAAGUGUGCGUCUAAUGUGAAGCCUGAAUGUGAUGGUGGGCCAUUAAAAGAUCACACACUUCUGCCGUCGUACAUCUGCCCUGUUGUUCUGGACCGUCAUUCUGCCGUCAAAAGAGGUGAAGGAGAAUCAUCCCCCAGUACCAGCCCUGAGGACACCGGCCAGUGUUUCAAGUUCACCGGUGACGGUCAGGCACUGCAGAUCACCCCUCUGCCUGGGACGCACCCCCUCCUCGUGCUGGUUAAUCCUAAAAGUGGCGGUCGGCAGGGAGAGAGGGUGCUGCGAAAAUUCCAGUACCUGCUUAACCCCAGACAGGUGUACAGUCUGGAUCGAGGAGGACCCAUGGCGGGGCUCAACUUUUUUCGAGACGUGCCUAAUUUCCGCGUGCUGGCCUGUGGAGGCGAUGGAUCAGUGGGGUGGAUUUUGGACUGCAUUGAUAAGGCCAAUUUUGCUCGGCAUCCACCUGUUGCAAUCCUGCCGCUGGGUACCGGGAAUGACCUCGCUCGCUGUCUGCGCUGGGGUGGAGGCUAUGAAGGAGGCAGUCUGGUCAAGUUCCUCAGGGAUAUCGAGCACAGCACCGAAGUACUGCAUGACCGCUGGAACAUCGACAUUGUCCCUGAUGAUAAGGAGGAGAAGGGCGACCCUGUGCCCUACAGCAUAGUGAACAACUACUUCUCCAUUGGAGUGGAUGCAUCCAUAGCACAUCGCUUCCACUUGAUGAGGGAGAAACAUCCAGAGAAGUUUAACAGCAGGAUGAAAAACAAGUUGUGGUACUUUGAAUUUGGCACCACAGAGACCAUCUCAGCCACUUGUAAAAAGCUGAACGAAUCCAUUGAGGUGGAGUGUGAUGGCAUCAUUUUGGAUCUCAGCAGCACGUCUCUGGAGGGUAUCGCUGUGCUCAAUAUUCCCAGCAUGCACGGGGGCUCCAACCUGUGGGGCGAGACCAAGAAAAGACGGAAUUACAAUCGCAUGAGUAAGAAAGUGCCAGAGAGAAUGACUGGCAGCACUGUCACCGAUGCCAAGGAGCUCAAGUUUUGUGUGCAAGAUCUGAGUGAUCAGCUUCUGGAGGUGGUGGGUUUGGAGGGAGCCAUCGAGAUGGGUCAGAUCUACACAGGUCUCAAGAGCGCUGGGCGGCGUCUUGCACAGUGUUCCAGUGUCACCAUCAGGACGUCCCGUCUGCUGCCCAUGCAGAUUGAUGGAGAACCAUGGAUGCAGCCUCCAUGCACGAUACGGAUCACGCAUAAGAACCAGGUGCCCAUGCUGCUGGGACCGCCACAGAAAACCUUCUUCUUCUUCAAGAAGCGCAACAGAAGUCGGGACUAGACGUGGGACUCCAAAAAUCAACCAUUUUUCUACAAUCAUACACUCAAGCAUCUCCACCUUCCUCAGCUAUAUUUCUUCAUCUUUGGGAGGUGGGACCCAAAGAGAAGAGACCUUCCAAACACUUUUGAGACAAAUCAAUACAAACACAACACUGUAAUGGAUCUCUAAUCGACUCCAUCUCCCAACACAGCCUGUUAUUCACAGGCUGAACCAGUUGAACAGACCCUCUUUGAGUGUCAUGACCACUUCCUGUGUCUUAUCAUCCAGAACGUCUUAUCACAAGCUUGUGACCUGUAAGCUAUGACUCAAUUCCAACCAAAUCCCCCCCUACCAGUAGGCCACUGCCUUGGGAUCACACUGUGUGCCCUCUCCCCCCUCUUGAGACGGCUCAUCAGAAGAUACUGCCAAUUUCAAAGAGAGAAAGAGAGGACCAGAAAAGCAAGAGAUUCGCCCAGCAAAAGGAAAAGAAGUGUGUUCAAGUGAGAAGAGAAGGAGAGCGAGAGACACCCUGACACGACGUUCUUCACAUGAGAGUUGGUGGUGCACAUAUGGACGUCACUGGGCCCUGGCUUAGCCAAGCAGGACCAGGGAACAAACUUUCCUCCUAAAGGAGCUUACUGAAUUAUACAUCAGUGCAUGCAAAGCACUCAUUCCAGUGCCUCUCCAAGGCCCUGCAACAUGCCACCACUAAAGAGAUGAAACAGCAUUCUCAUCCAUUAUGAAGAUGUUUAUGGGGUCUGCUGAUAGGGAUAGGUUAGACUGGCCUGAAAGAGAUUAAACAUUUCAGCUUCUGGUGUUUGCUUGGGGCAGUUUUGGUGUUCACCCUCAGGCCGCAAGACUGACCAGUGCAAGUUUUGUUAUAGUUAGCUGGAUGUUUAUUUAAUCCCAUACUGCCCUCUAAAACAACAGUGCUAGUGUUCAGUGUCUCAAAAAUGCAGUGUAAGUUUAGAAAACCCUUAGAAGAGAGAAUUAGUGUACUAAAACAGUUUUACCAAUGAGCAUUUAUAUAGUAAUAAUGUGGCAAUUUGUGCAAUAAUAUGAUGAUUUUAUCAUAUUUUUUAAGCCAAAUCAAAAUAGCGUACCAUUAAGUUUGUGAGUAGAUUCUGUCGAUAAAAAAACAUCUUACAUAAGCUGUUGGCUAGAUUCAGAGGGGUUUGAGAACUAUUCAACUGGGAGACUUGCAACUAGACUAGCUGAAGAGCAAUUUAAGACCAUCUUAAUAGCCUUUUCACACCAACACGAAUGUAUGGCACAGAAAUUCGGUCCAGUUUUCGCAUGUGAUUUGUCUGUUCAGACCAAUGGGAAAAACGGAAGAAUGACUGAUUAAAAAAUGCAACUUCACUCUAUGACAGUAGGUGGCGCUUACAGAAAAUGAGUUUUAUGAGGGCAUGUGAUCAAAAAAGUGAGAAUCGUAUUGGUUGGCUGGUUUUCUUGAUAAUGCAAUCUAUUAAAAAAAUGGAUUAGAGCAUCUUUCUGAAAAACAGAAUUUUCGCACUAAGCAUUCGUCUUGGUGUGAACAGGUCUUACACCAGCUAAGACCGUCAAAGCAGUUUAGACCAGUUUUAAGCGUUUUAUCAGCAAGCAAAGAUUUUAAUUAUUUUUUUAUUUUUUUACAAAAGGAACAUUAAGGACGUAAUGGUAACAUUUUAAAACAAGGAUUAAUUUGUUAACAUUUGUUAAUGCAUUAGAUGUCAACAUCUAUUAUUGAAAGUAUAUGUACAGCAUUUAAUAAUCUUAUUUAACUUUAAUUCAUGAACUUAAUUGCUUGGUUCAAGUUCAAUUCCACCACAUAUAUUUAUACUAUUGUUCAUUGUUAGUGCAUGUAUGUUCAUAUUAUGUUAAAUAAUGUAAUACAACCUGAAACAUCCAUGAAUAUGAAGACAUUAACAUUGACCAGGAUAAAUCCUGGUAAAUAAAUAAAUCCUGUAAAAAUAUUCUCAAUUGUUAGCUCAUGAUGCAUUAACUGAUGUCAACAAAUUAAAUAUUGUUAUAUUUUGUUACAGAAACAAUUUUAGAAAAAAUUUGCUACGUAUUUCUGAGAAAACAGAAAGUCUCUUCACUGAAGCUUACAGCAUCUCCAUUCAGAGGCGGGCUGAAAUCGAUCCAGCGCUGGUAUUAACACUGAAUCCUCUGGUCCUCGUCUGUCACAACAAGCUACUGCAGUGGGGUUUGAUUUACUGCUGCAUGGACGGAGCCUAAAUUUAACUUCCUAUUUCAGGGAGUGAAACACUAUUCCUAAUUGCAGCAUGAAAACUUCAGCUUGCAAUUUCAGGUCGACAGUCAAGCGGGUGUGAAAGCGGCCCAGAUGAAUGCAGAGAACAGAAGUUACUUACGGUUACGGUCAACAACAGUGACUUAGAGAUCCAAAAAGUGAGCUUUUUCAUUUUUAGCCCUUCUGAGAAGGCCCGUAGAGUAUAUAACUUAAAGAUGCCCACUAUGUAUCAGUAUUCAUAUAAUCCAAGAGCCUUGUGUGCAUAUAUAUGAAUGUGUUUAAAGGUAUAACUUAAUAUAGUAUCAGAGAUUAGCUAAUGGGUCACAUGAUUGACUGUAGCCAUCAGGCAGAUGUGCCUGAUAUAGAUCAACAUGCAGUGAUCAUCAGAUUCUUUCGCAGUGUGCCAUAGAGCGCAAAGGUCUGUGUUGGAACUGUGUAUAUAUUUAUAUAUAUUUCACCAAUACAGAACUGGGGUCAGAUUGACUUAAAGUUAAGGUGUUGACUUUGGAAACUGAGCUCUUACCAGGGUUAGCAGGUUAACGUUCCCUUUAAAGAACACUGAACCGCAGAAGCUACGCCAGUGUCCUAAAAAAUGCUAAUCUCUCCAUAUGACCACAGAACAGAUGCUCACCUCCAACCAGCGAGUCGGUUUAUCAUAGAACUUAAUGGUGGAUUUGGCUAAAAGAGCCCCAUUGUUCCUGUGGUCAUUGGACAGAUGGUUUAUCCUGCGUGACAGUCUGGUGUUUAAAAAAACGGCGGUUUGGUUACAAGUGCAUGUUUACAACUACUUUUCAUUUUACAGUUUAGAAUGAUUUUAAACAGUCAUGUAUAUAUAGAUAUUGUUUAUAUUUUCUCUAAAGUUUAACCACCGCAUGCCUGCUGAAACAAAGAAGACAAAGACGUCUGCUUGAAGAGAGACCACGCUGAUUGUUGCUACUUCAUUAGUUUCACAUGAUUAUAUUUUUGGACCUUAUCCAGGCCCCUUGUAUCUACCCACUGUGCUUUUCCUCAAUCCGUUAGUAGCAUGUUCAUUGUACAAGUACCUCUGUGGAUGUUCUCUGUUCUGUUUCGUAUUUUGUAAACUGAGGUUUGGCGCCAAUGUAUGCCAAUCGAUGGGCGACUGAGGAAUGUCAAGUUUGGAAAAUGUCAUACCGAUGUCACCUUCUGUGUCAUUUCUGUGAAUAACUGAUAGCCUUAAUUUACCAAUACAAAAUAGCAUUUUGCCUGGAGCAAAGACUUUUGCAAUACAAGUCGCUGAAAAAAAAAAUCAACCAAAUGAAGGAACAAAAUAGGGGGGAAAAAACGAGAGGUCAACAUCUGUUUUGCUGUGUUGCAAUAACUCAUUUUUGUUAGUGUCAUCACACCGGCCUACUUGCUUUUAGAGUGCGUGGUGAUAGAGCAAUGUCCUGCACAUCACAAAUGAGCUACAUGAUGUCUUUGACACCACAUAUGUCUUCAUUUGUGGACUGGACGGCUUUUAUCUAUUAUUUGUUGCUGUCCUGAAACUGUGAUUGCUCAAUCUGCCCAUCACUGUCUCUUUUCUCAUAACAAUAACACAAUUUUAUCUGUCAAACCGUGCUGCCUCUUGCAGGGUUGUGCUUUCUUCAGAAUUGAACUUUAAAUUCAGAUUAACUGUAACUUCUUUUUUUGGAAGUUUUGAAGAUUGAGGGUUUGUUGGCCUCACAGACAGAGAACGAUGAAUGAAUGAAAGAACGUUAUUUUUCCAGGAUGCAUUCGCUGUUGAGUUUUUUAAAAUUACAAUUCAAUGCAUUCCUCUUCCUGUCAUUCCAAUUCAAAUGCAAACUCAUGAGUGGAAAGGAAUACGAUUUUGUUCAGUUCUGAAUUUUGCCCAACCCUGGCAUCUUGAGACCAAACCAGGAAAGAUUUCUAAGGGCGGUGAAUCAGAAUCCUGCACUUAAAUAUGAAGAGACAGUACGGCUUAUCUCAGUGUAGCUCUAUUCUUAGCUGGGCCAGAUGAGUGGUAUUGAGCAUCACUGAUGCAGUAGAGCCCGUAUCAACCCUGAAUGUGAUGUUCUACAUGUGUGCUUAACUCACUGUCUUAUUCCUGCCUUAGGGUUAGUGUGGUUUGUAGCAGUCCAUCUGUGUGGUAGGCAACAAGGUUCAAGGACAGGUGUCCUGCAGACUGAGAUGGGGUUAAAGGGUGAAUCGUGCCCUCGAAAGACCCACUUAGACUCUGUUACUCUGGUUCUUGUAAACUGUUGGCAACCAUGUUAAUGGACAAAAGAGUUUUAUUGAAUAAAAGGAGAGACUGAA